GAGUUGUAGUUACCGUUGUUGGUAAUGUAAAAAAUUCUUUAACAAACCAACAGAAAUAUAUACCUUCCUUCAGUGUUUUGAUGUGUUUCUAACCCGACAAGAAAUCACGCGCAUUCUGUAUGGGUUAAAUCAAUUUGACAAACUGGGCAAACUAACGCAUGUGCUACCUCUCUCUCACUGCAUUUAUAUCACACUCAAUUCACCACCAUACAAACAUACUAUCUCAUCUGCUACUCACCAUCUCUUCUUUUUCCAUUCAAAAAUGAGGGAAAAUGUCCAAAAUGUUGCUCUCAAAUUCAUCAUAAUAUUAUUGUUGUCCAUAAUGUCGUCGUUUCAAUCCAACGGCAGAGAGAUUCGUCCGGCGGAGCACGGGUUUACGGCGAAUCAAAACUCAUCAUCUACCACAACAACUACAAACGACGACGUUCCGAAGAUGCUUACGUUCUUCGGCGGCAACAACCGGCAACGGAAUACUCAGCCUCCGGUAGCGCUGCCGAUUGCGGAGAACGUGACGUGGAUCGACGGCGAGAGAGGAGGAAUGUCAGUUCACCACAACAAUAAAGAUCACGUGAGGGAUGUUUUGUUGAUUUCAAGUUUGGUUUGUGGAGCUACCGGCGUCGUUUUACUCGCCGUUUCGGUGUUUGUUUGUGUCGUUUUGAGAUUCCGAAAGGAAAAAGCAGUGCAAAAUGGAAAAGAAACGAUGCCAACAAUAACGUCAGUAGAUAACGUUGCUCUCUCCCAGAAAGAAACGUAACUACCGUGCUUCAACGAGAGAAAAUUGCUCGGAAAGCAAAUAUCCUUCAUGAAUUAUCAAGAGAGCAAAAGAUGUGAGAGCUCGAAAAAAGGGUAAGAGAUAAAACUACAGUGCUUCAUUUACCAAAGGAAUAGUAAGUGUGGUUCAUUUUCAAUGUUUGAAGUACCUUUUUAAUAUUCUUUUUUCUUUUUGUUUUUCUGUAUGUAUAGCUGGAGUAUAUAUUUACCAAUUUUUUCUUU